GUAUCUCGUAACGACAACACAGCAAAGCUGACAAGUGGCAUUUGGAAUCUGUAAUUCACUUACAAGGAGCUGACCAGCACAAGCAAACAAAAACGAGGAGCCCCCUUUACAGAUGCUCGAGUGGACGCCUUUCUUACACACAACAGUCGACGGGAAACUACUACUCAGCCUCAAGUCAUAUUCGAGGUGCCAGGAAGACGUAUGCGCAUCAAACCCGUGUGUCUGCGUAGUUGAGCUCAAGAACAAGUCAAGGAAGAAUGACGGCACUAAAAUGGAGAAGCGGGAGUGAAAUCCAGGUUAUCACUUGGUCGACGUUCCAUCUGGUGGUGCUGAUACUCGGUUUCCCAAAAGGCUGCCAAGAGAGACGACUCAGAUACUUCGCUCCCAAACAGGCACUUGCAUUUAACGAGGCGAUGGAUGGCACAUCGCCCUCUCGCGCAAGUUGAGAUCCGGAUAAGCUUCUUUGGUACUCCACCUUUUACGUUGCGAACAGAUCAUGCUGUUGUAAGGUGGUCAACGAGGCACGUUGCUGUUGUUUCAGUAGGUGAUUAAACUAAGCACGUGAAUUUGCUCCACCGGAGCGCCGGAGUGCCAAGCGUGGAUUUUUACUUUGGUGCUUGAGCCAACGAGCUUUUCGUGGUGGCUCUGAUCCACUCGCAUCCGGGAUGGAGUGUGCAAAGGCGGCGCAUGCUGGUGUUUUGGGGGCGAGGCUGGGUGGGAUUGGAUCGAAGCAGUUCCUCGCUGCUCCAGGGGUCUACUCGCUGAGGAGGAGAAAAAGACUCGCGACUGGUGCAAGGCACAUUGACAGCAGCAGCGGCAACAGCUCGAGAAAUGUUCGCGCUGGCACAGCUACGAGGGAGAAUUUCUUAAGUCAGGCUCAGGUGAUCUCUUCGGAGGAGAGUUUGGACUUUACGGAUCCUUCCUCGGCUGCUCUAGCUGCCCGCGAGUGGGCCGUGUCCACUGCUCCAGGCUUGUCGCUGCUGAGCUCGGAAAGGAUAAAGGUGGCUGCAAUGCUAGCCUUUGGGAUGGGACUUUGCAAUGCAGUUCGGGUGAUCAUGUCUGUAGCUAUUGUCCCUCUCUCAGCUACUCACAACUGGAGCAGCGGCUUUGCAGGAAUUAUUCAGUCUUCCUUUCUGUGGGGAUAUUUGUUGUCACCAAUUCCCGGUGGAGCUCUAGCAGAUAGAUUUGGCGGAAAGAGCGUUAUGGGAUGGGGGGUUUUCUUCUGGUCCAUAGCCACGCUUAUAACUCCCUGGGCAGCUUCUCGGUCUCUGGGUUUGCUUUUAGCAGUGCGUGUAUUUAUGGGCCUGGCAGAGGGAGUAGCAAUGCCUAGCAUGAACAACAUGGUCUCCAGAUGGUUUCCGAGCUCCGAGCGAGCAAAAGCCGUCGCGAUUGCGAUGGGGGGUUUUCACCUCGGAAACGUUUCCGGCCUUCUCCUCACACCGAUACUCAUGUCGAGGUUCGGCAUUGAUGGCCCGUUCUACGCAUUUGGGACGGUGGGACUGGCCUGGCUUUCGCUUUGGUACAUGCAUAUCUCCAAAGACCCGCAAAACCACGGGACGAUCACUAGGAACGAACUUCUCUUCAUCCAGAAUGGAACUGACAAGAGGAAAGUGACGGCUCGGGUGGCUAUGCCACCAUUCCGACUGCUGCUAUCAAAACUUCCGAGCUGGGCUAUCAUAGCUGCCAAUGCUAUGAACAACUGGGGCUAUUUCAUUAUCUUGACAUGGAUGCCCGUGUACUUCAAUCGAGUUCUGGGGGUCAAUCUUAAGCAAGCCGCGUGGUUCAGCGCAGUUCCAUGGGCGACAAUGGCUGCUUCCGGCUACUUUGCUGGAGCUUGGUCCGACCUGAUGAUCUCGUCGGGCAUGCGCGUCUUGACUGUUAGGAAGAUCAUGCAGUCCAUCGGUUUUCUGGGCCCUGCGGUUGCACUGAUUGGAUUAAACUCUACUCGACACCCGGCGAUUGCUUCUACGUGGCUGACAAUCGCGGUUGCCUUGAGUGCCUUCAGUCAAGCUGGUUAUUUGGUGAACUACCAGGAGAUCGCACCAAGCUACGCAGGAGUUCUUCACGGCUUGUCAAACACGGCAGGAACAUUCGCGGCCAUCGUGAGCACGGUGGGAACUGGCUACUUGGUCCAGUGGCUUGGAUCGUUUCAAGCAGUUUUGCUACUUACGUCGGGCAUGUACAUUGUGAGCACGCUGUUUUGGAAUUCUUGUGCCACGGGAGAGAAAAUCUUCGACUAGAGAGACUAGAGCUCAUUCGUAGGCACUGUACAAAAGCAUUCUUGGAACCUCCAAAGGAUGAGGGUUUUUCUUA